AUGUCUUCGACAAUAUCGCUUUCAUCUUCAGCUUUUUCUUCUGUGGUCUCGGUAACCAAUUCUGCUUCUGCAACGUCUUCGACUUCAUCUAUCCAAUCUGGCACUCCUAGCGGCGGAAAUUCUACCGAUACUGGUUCAGGCUCGGAUGGCGGUGGAAGUCUUGCGAACUCUGCUUCUCUUUAUCUCUACACCUUCCUCGCCACGCUUGUUCUGCUCCUUGGUGUCUCCGCCGCUAUCGUGGUACGUUCUCUCGUUCUUAGACGACGCCACCGUCGCAUGGUCGAGGAAGCAAUCCGAAAUGGAACGUAUGUCCCACCAAGCGUGAUAGCUACUGCUCGAGGUAGGGUGGAUCUGGCUAUGAAACCAAAGAUGUGGGAGGCAACGGUCCGCAGUGAAUGGAAUGGGAAGGAAGGUGGCUGGGCAGAUAUUCUUCCGGUGUCUGCAUCGAUUUCGUCCACGUUAAAUCCACAAUCAAUUGCAGAUAACACUGGAGAUGCUUCUUCCGAUUCCGAUGGUGCCAACAAUCACAACACAACUUCGAGUCCCGCUCUUGGAACGAAUUCCAUGGCCAGUCGUCUUCGUUCAGCACCAGCAGCUUCUGCUCGCGUAGCUCUAGGAAUCUGGAGGCUCAUUUCACCUGGCUCCCAUCAUCCUUCUCAAUCCGAUCACAAUUUUUCCGCUUCCCACAACGCCCACCCUCUGGUUGAAACGAAAGCACAUCAAACACUGCCGCACGCAGAGAUGUCCGUGCCAACGCAUGUUGAAGUUGCUGUGCUGAUUGCGAUGCCUGGUGCUCUGGCGGUUGCUGCCCAUCGGUCAAAGGAAGGCGCUGAUGAAGAGGAUCUUCCGCAUGUCGAAGUGGGGAUGGCGGAGGUUAUAAUACCCCCUAAUACCACAGCUACACACAUCUUUGAAGAGGGAUCUUCCAGUGAAGAGCAGCCAUAG